AUGCCUUCACCGUCCACGCGGAACCAGAUUUCUACCAUUAUCGGCGGGUACUCGCGCGAGGCGGCCGACGCCUUCCUCGACCUGCUGUGCAGCCGCCUCGAGGGCUGGCUCGCGGCCGCCGACUCGUCCCGUCACUUUGUCGCCUACAACGUGUGGAGCAUCGACGUAGGCGGCGGCUCGAUGCCGGGCUUUGCGCCGUCUCCUGGCCUCAUCCAGGACUGUCACCUCAUCAUGCGGCCCCAGGACCACCGCUACGGCCGCGGCAAGGGCGUCGGACCGCUUCCUGAGGGCAUGCUCGGCGGCGUGCCCAACAUGCGGCGGCCCGACCGCGAGUUGCGCAAGCACGAGCAGGCAUUCAUCGCGGCGACGAGCGAGAAGUGCUUGGGCAACCACAAGGUGUCGUCAAAGAACCCUGUCCUUCCCCUUCUCGACAACCCGUCGCCGAGCAAGGGCGCCUACUACCGCUUCAACGACUACUUCACGCUCCUGUCCGACCCCCUCGCCAACAACGUCUCGCUGCACGAAGCCGCGACCCGGACCUCGGUCUGGCGCUUUUCACUCUCGACCGCCUUCCGGCCGCGACGUUCUUCCUCCCCGGAUGACGUGCGCCUCGACGCCGGCCGCAUCGCCAACAACAGCCCCGCCAACCCGGUGUCCGGCAUCCUCCUCGCGUGCACGCCGCUCCCGGCGUCGUACCCUGUCGCACGCUCGACGCUGUCCGGCCCGGCGCAGGACCUUGGCGCGCAGGGAAAGGAGCGCAAGCGCGACAAGUGCAGCGUCAUGUAG